AUGGGCACCGCCCCGCGCGCCCCACGCGGCCCCGCCGAGCCGCUGAAGCAGCGCGUCAACCGCUGCCUCCUCCGCCUCUCCGACCGGGACACGGAGGCGAUGGCCGCCGCCGAGCUCGACGCCAUCGCGCGCGCCCUGGCCGCCGACGAGCUCCCGGCCUUCAUCUCCGCCAUCUCCGAGACGCGCCCCACCGACAAGACCCCGCUCCGGCGCCACGCGCUCCGCCUCCUCGCGCUCCUCGCCGCCUCCCACCCGCGCGACGCCGUCGCGCCGCUCGUCCCGCGCCUCCUCGCCGCCGCGCUCCGCCGCGUGCGCGACCAGGACUCCUCCGUGCGCGCCGCGCUCGUCGACGCCGCGCGCGCCGCGGCGGCCGCCUCCGCGUCCGCCCCCGCCGCGCUCUCCCCGCUCGUGGACGCGCUGUUCCACGAGCAGGACCAGUGCGCGCAGCUCGCGGCCGCGCUCGCCACGGCCGCCGCCGUCGAGGCCUCCGCCGCGCCCGCCGCCGACCUCGCCGCCUACCUCCGCAGGCUCCAGCCCCGCCUCCUCAAGCUCCUCCGCAGCAACGCCUUCAAGGCCAGGCCCGCCCUCAUCGCCCUCAUCGGCGCCUCCGCGGCCGCCGCCGGCGCCGCCGAGGUCGCCGCCUCCAUCCCCUGCCUCCGCGACGCAAUCGCCAGCGACGACUGGGCGGCCCGCAAGGCCGCCGCCGAGGCGCUCGCCGCAUUGGCCUCGGAGUACAAGGAUCUUCUCUCCACCCACAAAUCCUCUUGCGUUGCCUAUUUCGAGGCCAGGCGGUUCGACAAGGUCAAGAUUGUACGGGAGUCCAUGAGCAAGAUGAUCGAGGCGUGGAAGGAGAUACCGGACGUUGAAGAGGAAGAAUCAUCCUCCUGCACCGCGCCGGCGUCACUGUCACAGCGACGGUCUUCUCUUGCAGGGAGUGCAAGUGAUGGGCGAUAUCCAGCUGCUUCCUUAGGCUCAAACUCAGUUCAAUCGGCGUCAAGGAAGAACAGAUUGCCGACAAGCAGGUCACCUCCUCCUGAUGUGUCACCCAGUGUCACAAGAAGGCACAGCCCCUCAUCCAUCAGAAACAAGAAGCUCUCACCACCUUCACACCGCAAGGUGGCCCAAGCUAAGAGCUGCGACUACAAGGUUGACAUUGCCAUCGCACCUGAUGCCACCCCGAUCAAAGAGGUGACGGAGGAGAAGCUUCUGAAAGGAGGUAAUCUGAGGUCAAGACUGGAAGCAAGGAGGACGCUUUUUGAGGGCAGUGAAGAGAGGGUGGCCAAGUCGGUUGGAGCAAAAGCAGGCUCGCGAGUUGUUCCAUAUGAAGGUGGUGGUAACUUGGAAGAGAUUUCUGAGGUUGAAGCUGGUUCGGAGAGGUUUCAGUCAGGUCACAAAGAUGAGGGCUUGUCAGAGAUCAGGACGCAGCUGCUUCAGAUUGAAAAACAGCAGACUGGUUUACUAGACCUUCUCCAGAAAUUCAUGGGGAAAUCUGAGAAUGGCAUGAAUUCUUUGGAGACAAGGGUCCAUGGGCUAGAGAUGGCACUGGAUGAGAUAUCUCAUGACUUAGCCGUUUCUUCAGAAAGGAUGUCACACGGUGAGCCUCGUGUGAACAGCUGCUGCAUUUUUAGCCCAAAAUUCUGGAGAAGGCGCCAUGGUGGUAGAAACUCUUCCAGGUUUUCUCCCUCCAGUGUUCCAAACAGCUCGGAAGGAAGCAGGAGUUCUUAUAAGUGGGAAAGGCAGAAAUUUGGAGUUCAGGGUGGAUUUGUUACGAACCCAUUAGCUGAGCCAAACAUUUCAUCUGUUGGGAGAACCGUGGUUACUCAAGAAGGCAGGAGAAAGGAUUUGGCUUCACAGAAGUCAAGGUAA